GAUGUGGGUCUCCUUCCUUUUCUUUGUCAAAGCAAGCCAAACCGGCCCUAACUUUACACUGCUGGCUGGUGGCUGCUGCUUUUGAGUUUUGAGUUUUGACAAAGAAAAUGAAUCCAGUCCAGGUGAAGGAGAUGGUCUCGUGUUUCUUCAACAAGUUCCUGCUUUACAGGUAUCUAUCAGGCAAGGGAGCAAAGAGAGGAGAAACCAAGUUCUAUGGUAUGGCCCAAUCCCCAUGAUAACGUCGUCUCUGAGGUGGGUUUUAUGAUGACAAUAAGGCUUGGGUGAUUCGGUUUGAUUAUCUAUAGUAAAUGGAUCCGAUAUACGGAAAUCUGGUCUGGUUGGACUCUUCUGUUAGGAGAUGAUUUAAAUAUCAUCAUAAAUGAUGAAUGUUGAUCUCAGAUUUUUUUCCAGUUUUCUAACGUUUGGCCAUUUUACCGUUCUGGGUGUUAUCUCUCUCUCUCUCUCCCCUUUUUUUUGGUGGUUCUUCUCUACUUGGCCGUUUUUUCCUGGGUUCAUCUUUGAAAAGGGCCGGAAUGCAGAAACCUAUCAAGCAGAAGAGACGAGUUUGUCCGGCGCUUUUUAGAAACUUUGGAUAGGGAAGCACUAAAAUGCACGGAAAGUGGCUCUCUGACUUUACAAUAAUAGAUGCAUUGUGUUGUUGUUAUUAUUAUUAGUUUUCUGUCAGUGUCGAUGCGUUGUGUUAUUAUUGGUCUAAGAAAAGUGUGGAGGCGCUUGAGGUACGUGUCUGUGUCAACUCAAGUCUCCCACCACUGUGAACCGUGAUCCAGACUUCCAGAGAGAGAGAGAGAGAGGAAGUGAGUGUUCAGGGAAGGGAGUAAUGGAGUGUGUAUGGUAUGUAUGUUUCACUGUUUCCUUGUUCUCUCUCCACCCACUGACCCGACCGGUCCACGUUUGCCUAGUCAGCUUACGUGGCCCAUUUUAGAUGUUAGAUGCUCCUUCACCUCCAUCCCUGACCUGAUCCUGUAAAAUGUGAAUGGUCUAAAAGAGGAAGGUAGUUGAGAGAUGCAAUCAACCAUGAAUACAAGUUUCUGUUUCUGCUCUUUAUACUAGUAAUUCAGAAUAUUAUUUACUGGUUCUGUUGUAACUUUGUGGUGGGUGAAGGAAAGGUGUUCUUUACCCUUUUCCUUCUAGUCAGCAUCUCUGCAAAAAAAUACGAUUUUUUUCUAGACUAGACUAGAUAAUCUGAUAGAGAAAUCUCUCUCUCUCUCUCUCUCUCUCUAAGCUUUUUUAGUAACAGUUAGUAAUGGCCGCGACCAACCACCAGGAAUCCAAAGCUUUUGCUUCCGCUGGCCAUUUCCCAAUUUGAGAAAAUGAACAGAAAACAACUGGGUGGGGGUUGAUCGGACGGAGACGGAGUAUGUUUCUGAAAACCUGUGAAUAAUUUUCCAUGAUUCUCUCCGGCUUUUCUGUUUUGUAGUACACUCCUUUCUAACUGACAUUGCCAUCUCCUACACGUGUGAAAACCAUGCAUUCAGCUCCAAUCUUCCUUUUUGAGCUUCAUGUAAAUUUUUACUUGUAAAAGAUCGGUGGUCUUGUGAAUAAGAGGAGGUUAGAUUUUGGUCUUCCUAAGAAGUGAGAAGCCUGCUGUGUUUUCGUUUAUUUUGUUUUUGAACCAGGGUAUUCAAGGGAAGAUCCUUCUUUCACCCGGUCCUCUUUACCCAUCAAAACAACACUAUUAUGGUUUUGGUUGUUUCUUAAUUCUUCUCAAGAAUUUCGAACCGUUAUUCUGAUAUGGUCUUUUCACUUUUUUAAUGCGAAUUCUUGACCUGCGUCCCUAAUCGGCAUGCCAUUUCCAGAGGGCUAGAGGAAGCAAAUCCGUGAGUGAUGAUGGGUGAAAAGGAGAUCUCAGCUCCAUGUCUGUUAACCCCCGAAAAGAAUACUGAUAGCUUCUAUCCUAUGUACUUUGGCUUCUCAUGUGCAUUCGUUGCCCUCAGACUCCUUUCAGGAUCCGAUAUGGAUAGUGCAAAGUGGUCUGAGACACGGGAUAAAAUGCUUCAAGGAAGUGCUCAUCUCCUGGGGUUGCUCGUGUGGAAAGUUCAGAGAGGAGAAACCAACGAGGGGAGGUCUGAACUUCGCCAGAAGCUUGAGAGAACCGAGUCAGAGUUGAGCGAGUUGAAGAGAAGAAGAAGCGAAGAUGCAAAGGCUAAUGAGAAGGUCGUCAGCAUAUUUGCUGCGCAGGAGCAGAGCUGGUUGAGUGAAAGGAAGAAACUCCGUCAGCAGAUUGGAGCUCUUCUAAAUGAAUUACGGGUUCUCGAGACGAAGAAAGAAGAAGUUAUAUCAAGUCUAAAUGGAAAGGUAUGGGAGAAAGAACAUCUGAUACAAUCUCGAGACAAGGCACUGCAGGAAGAGGAAGGGAAGAGGAAGGAGCUAGAAGAAAAGCUACAGAAGGCCGAAGCCAUCAUGGAGGAAUUAAGGGAAACUGUGAAAAGACAAAAUCGGGAGCAUUCUUCUGAGCUCUGGAAACACAAGACUGCCUUCAUUGAGAUUGUCUCAAACCAGCGGCAACUUGAAGCGGAGAUGGGUCGUGCUCUGCAACAAGUGGAGGCUGCAAAGCAAGAACUUGACUUGGUCUUCAAGGAGAAAGAGGAGUCGAUCUCAAUGGUCCAGAAGCUUUCUUUGGAGAUUAUAAAGUUGCGCAGGGAUUUGGAACAAAAGGAUAAAAUCUUGUCCGCCUUGCUGAGGAAAUCCAAAUUGGAUACAACUGAAAAACAAAUGCUACUGAAGGAGAUUAAAAUAUCUCAGUCAAGAAAGAAACAAGCUGAGCUAGAAACAGAGAGAUGGAGGGCAGUGUGCGGGUCUAGACAAGAGUUACAUUCUUUAACAAGUAAUUCAGCCGAUGAGGUGGAAUCAUUACCAGAUGCGUUAUUAGGUGCAAACAGGACACGCCUGGUCAAAAUAGGAUCUUCACAGUAUCGAAGAGCUGGAUCGCAGUCAACCCUAAAAACUCCUAUUGUUGAAUACUCGGAAGCAGGGCACCGAAAUGAGCGGGAAGCUUUUGUCACCAAGAGAACUAUUACUGCAACUCCUGACGAUUCCAACGGAUAUUCACCCGAUGGAGAUGGAGAACCCAUGAUGGCGACAGAUGUUAGGCAGUUGGAAGGUUGGAUUUACUCAGAAACGGAAAAGUGCCCAGUUGUACUCGAGCAAAGACAUCACUUAGAGAUAGAUGCGUUUGCGGAACAAAUGAGACUCAAAGAUGAGAAGUUAGAAGCUUUUCGUUGGAAGUUGCUCAGCAUGGAAUUAGAGUCCAAGCGGCUUCAAUCCCACAUUGAUGGACUUGACCAGAAUAUGUCACAUCUCAGGGAGGAAAAUAUGAAACUUGAAGCCUUAUUGUUAGACAAAGAAUCAGAAUUGAAAUCAUUAAAAGAGAAAUUCACUUUACAGUUACAAUCCCUUCAUUGUCAAAAGAAUGACAAGAAUUCAUCCUCAAUGGAUCUGGCUCUAGACCACGAAGCUGUUUGCUCUGAAGUCAAGAUAAUAAAGAGGAAGUCAAGGCAAAAGGAGGAAGAAUCAAAGGCUAUUUUGCUUAGAAUUCCUCAGGAGGUGGAGGCUGAACAACCCCCCAUUGAUGACCAGCCUGGUCACAUAAGUUUCACAGUCCAAUCCCCUGAAGGAGAUAUUGAAGUAGAGAAAGAGGUUGGCAUUGAUCCAGGUCAUGUUCCACAAAAGUCUGUGGGUCCGGAGGAGGUUGAGGUUGUUGGUAAGUUAUCAUCAAUUGGGAACUGUCUUAUUAAGAAGGAUUCUUCUCCAUGGAAGAUGGAUCUUCAGGCUCUUGGAGUUUUCUAUAAGAUCAAAAGGCUGAAACAGCAACUCAUCAUGCUUGAGAGGUUGGUGGGAACACAAAGAAGUUAUGAAGAAAGUGAGAAAGAUGAUCAAGAGCAUUCACAGGCAAAGGGUUUCCUAUUAUUAAUGUCAUUGCUCAAUAAACAAGUUAGCAGGUACCAGUCACUCCAAGAGAAGACUGACAAUCUAUGCAAGCGGAUGCAUGAGAAAGAUCCAGAUGGGAGUGGUGGAGAUUCAAAUAUGCCAAUAACAAAGGAGAAAACUAAAACAUUGGAGCACUUUCUCGAGGAAACAUUUCAACUACAAAGAUACAUGGUUGCAACAGGGCAGAAAUUGAUGGAGAUACAAUCCAGGGUGGCUUCUGGUUUAUUUGAGGGUGCCGAAGAGCUUGAUGGAUCCACUGGUUUCAAUCUGAGGCGGUUUGCUGAUGGUGUCAGAACUCUUUUCAAUGAAGUUCAACGGGGACUAGAAGUCCGAAUUGCUCGGAUUAUAGGAGAUCUUGAGGGCACCCUAGCAUAAGCCAAAUGCAAGGCUCUGAAUUGUUGUGUCAUAGGUAUGUCCAUGUCAAAUUCUUACAGUUGAAUAUGUAUAUAGGAGCUAAUUCAAUUGUUUGAAGUAGUUUUGGUUCUACAUUCUGAUCCAUUGUUUUGCUGACUCAAAGGUUUCUGGCUCUUAUUUAGCAGCAUGUCACUUCUAAUGCCAUUGAUUGAGCACCAUAAUGCAUGAUUGCUCAUUUUCA